AUGGCGCUGCAGCUAUUUGUGACCACGCGCCAGCUCUGCCAGUCUUUUGCCUACCAGACGACCCAGCUCUUCCAGCAGUGCGUUGUCGGCAGCAUCGGAGUCAAGUCGCUCAACAACCCGCUCGACGAGCUGUGCGGAGCUUUCUCGAACGGCACCGCCUACUUCAAGCCGUUCGAAUACGAUGUUGUCGCCGGCGCGUCAUACGGCGACCUCGAUGGCUUCACGACGGAGGCGAAGGACUACGUCAAGGGUCUCCAGACGAUGUUCUCGCAGGCGACGGCCGUCGAGGAAUGCGUCACAAAAGCGGUUUGGGGCAAAGGCACUUCAGCUAUCAAUCGGCCCUUCCUCUCGCUCAUCAUUCGCCCGGAGAAUCUUCCGCCGUGCAAUGGAACGGACGGGUACGUCCGCACCGGUGAGCCAGUCGUAUGCAGCAUCGAUUCUGAUGCGAAAUCGAAUGGGGCUCCGUACCCGACAGGGCCGGACGACGGCCCGCUCAUUGAGUUCUGGCACAACGACUCGUGCCUUCCAAAUGCAAGCACGCGAGACCCACCGGAGUCGAAGCAGCCUUUCAUCUACGUCAGCGACGACGCUUGGGCCACGUUCAAAGAUACGUCCGACGCUGCUACGUUUGGCCGGCUCAACAUCGAAAUUCGCCCGGACAUGGUCGUGCCCGGCACUAAAGAUUACAACGACCUCCUCCUCCGUGGGUUCGCGUUCUACAUGCCAGGGGCGGUCUUCGAAGAAGGAGAGACGGCGAAAGCUACUCUUACGCCCAAUGGGCAGAUGCAACAACGCGUGUACGACGAGACGCGUGAGCCGGUGUGCGGGGGCUAUGGCAACCAGAAUCUGUGCAUGUAUCGCAACUUCACUUUCGUCGCAGCGCCAACCGAACCCCCCCCGGAAGGAACGACGGAAACGACGCAAGUCGUCUCGUACAGCAUGUCGUACUACAAUCCGAACUCCGCCGGCACCUGCAAUCGCAUUGCAACCCAGCCAGUGUUUUACGCGGGAAGAAAAGUCAUCGGGCCGAAGUGCGAUCCGCCGUCGGAUGAUGAUAAGGCUUGCUACCAGUACUGCACCGAUCAGGACUUGAGCAGCCUCGAGCAGGGCGACAUUCGCUCCGACGGCGAUUCGGCAGGGCCGUUCAACUUUGCGGCCCUCUUCACCUCGUACGUGCUCGAGGUUGGUGCUCGCGGCGUCGACCGCCUCAGCGGCGUCGACCUCACAAACGUCGAGCAGAUCGAGCUUGGCUUAUGGCUCAAGUCGCACACAACCAUUGACGCUCCGCUUAGCUGCGACAUGCAAAACUGCUGA